AUGCACCCUGCACAGGCCUCCGGCACUGUCGUCGUGACCAACAAUGCCAAGAGAUACGCUUGCGACCGCUGCAGAGACCUGAAGCUUCGGUGCCCGCGGAACUAUGAAGAUGCACCUUGCGACCGCUGCCUGCGUGCAGACGCUCGGUGCGUCACGAGCAGCGGUCGACCGCUGGGUAGGCCGCCAGGCCAGCCCGAAUCGCACGUCGGCGUGGCCGUUAAUCAAGCUAGUUAUCACCCCCAAUACAAACGACAAAGAGUAACCGGAGACCCGCCCGCCACAACCAGGGCCCGCAGGCCUGUGGGAGUUUCCGGUGCUUCUGCGAUACCAAGUCACAGCCCAGCUAAACCCAUGCGCGCGUCCUACCACCACCACCACCCUAGUGUUCCCACCAAUCCUGGCCCAUCUCAGUUUGACGGCAUGUUGGACAUGCAACUGGAAGACAUUCACGGGCCGUACGACCUUCGAGAACCGAGCACGGGGUCCACAUGCCUCGGGAGCCACGGUAGCGGUUUCCCCGCGACGGGCUCUGGGGAUACGUCGCCCUUCUUCAAAUCACCCCAGUGGUGCGCCGCGGCUCACGAUUCCCUGGACGGCACUUACACCGGCAACCGCGACGCCUCUCACACACAAAGUAUCCCAAACCCGGACGAGUUCUGUGACUAUGACAUCGGGGCUCCUGACAUGGAGCAGAGCUUAUACGACGAGGCGCACGACAGCAAUUGCGCACGGCCAGACGCCCCGAAUAUGAGCAGCAACGGCAGAAACGGCACCGACACGGGGUCGAUGACCGGGAGGCCCAACAGCGACUGGACGAUGCCCCUGAUCAAUGCGCUAGGAAGCAUCUCGCGCCAGCUGGCCGAGCUGAGGAUACAAGCAUGCGACCUGUCGUCGUCGCCCGUCGGGGCCUGCACGUUCAAAGGAAUCACGCCGAACCUCGACUUCCUCGACACCCCCUUUGUGACGGCCCUUCGGACGCCUCCUCACUGCGGACAAAGCUGCUGGAAAGGCAGUCAUGGCCACGAUGAGAUUCGUGCUGGUGCUGCAGAUGAUGGCGCCGUCGCCGGUGGACUGGACCGGUUUCGUGGGCGAGAACGACUCUCCCUGCGCAGCAGAGGACGCUGCCUCUCGCCCCACGUCCGGUCGCUCAUCGCCUGCGCCGACGUCCUCGGCCAACACCGCGCCGCAGGUCACGCUAAUGGUCCUUUAGGGGAGCUAUUUGACAUCAUCCUCUCGCCCACUAUUCAGUUCUUGGACAACUCAGCGAAUGUAGCCCGAGCCCCGGGCGAACCGACGGGGAAGACACCGUACGCCCCGAUUACACCGAGGCCGUCGGACCCUCAGCGGCCCUCUCUUGGAACCAGUGCAACAAGCCAUAGAUCGCCGACGUCGGCCCAGGGCGCCGCCCGGCCGCGCACUCAGGACAUAUUGAUGACGAUCCGAGUCGUCGAGCAUCAGCUACAUACCCUGGAGAGCCUCAUCGGCCUCCCCGCUCAAUAUUGCCUCGUGGGACGCAAGGAUGUGUCAGCAAACGUCAUGUAUCGCCACGAGGCGUCGGUGCUGGCCAAGGCAGUGAUGCGACAGGCGCUGCAGACCUUAAUAUCGCUUAAAAAAACGUUGGACUGUAUCCAGACUGCCGUGGGGGCUCCGAACAACCCGGCGAGACGAGGUGCUGAUGAUAGCUUGAAGAAAGGGAACUUAUGGACUGUCUCAUGA